CGGUGGAUGGCUUUUUUGGAGGGUGAUGACGUGUGGGAGACGGAGCGGAGACAGAAAGAGGCAAGUGAUCUUAUUUAUUCUGUGUGUUUGCCUGUCUCAGAGCGGGGCUGAAACCCUCCGCUACUCUCUGCCGGAGGAAAUGGAGAGGGACUCCUUUGUCGCCAAUAUCGCCAAGGACCUGGGGGUUCCUCUGAGCCAGCUCGCGGCUCGCAAAGCCCGCGUUGUGUCCGAAGGGAACGAGCAGCUUUUCCGACUCAAUCAAAACACCGGAGUCCUGACGGCAAAGGAAUCGCUGGACCGAGAGGAGAUCUGUCCUCAGAGCGACAUCUGCACGCUCGUCUUUAAGAUAUUCUUUGAAAAUCCGUUGCAGCUUAUCCGAGGGGAGGUGGAAGUUCGUGACGUAAAUGACAACUCGCCCGUGUUCCCGGAGAAGGAGAUGGUUUUAGAGAUUCUGGAAACAGCAGCUCCUGGCUCCCGUUUCCCCCUGGAAAGCGCCCAGGACAAGGACGUGGGCAUUAACGGUUUGCAGAACUACAGCCUCGGACCCAAUCCUCAUUUCUCCCUCGCUAUUGGAACAGCGAAAGAUGGAGUAAAAUACCUGGAACUUGUCCUACAACGCCAGCUCGAUCGUGAAGAGCAGGGAGAACUGAAUUUACUUCUGACCGCCACCGACGGGGGGUCACCACCCAGGUCGGGCACGGCUCAGGUCCGGAUCGUGGUUGUGGAUGCCAAUGACAAUAUUCCUGUCUUCGAAAGGGAGACCUACGAGGUGCGCCUGGCUGAGAACAGCCCCCUGGAACAGCUGGUGGUCAGAGUCGCUGCCGUGGAUCCCGACGAGGGGUCCAACGGAGAAGUGCGCUAUGCCUUUACCCAGACAUCAGAGCGAUCCCGGCAGCUCUUCCAGCUGAACCCGACCACAGGUGAAAUACGAGUCACGGGCAAGCUGGAUUUUGAGGAAGCAAAAUCCCACACUAUGGUGGUUAAAGCCACGGACGGUGCGGGGCUAUCUGCGCAUUGCAAAGUGCAGGUGGAGGUCCUGGACGUGAAUGACAACGCCCCGGAGAUAGCGCUCACCUCCCUCAGCGCCUCCAUUGCCGAGGACGCCCCGCCACGCACCGUGGUGGCUCUGUUCAGUGUGCGGGAUCGGGACUCCGGGGACAACGGCAGGACGGAGUGUUCCAUCGACGGGGACUUGCCAUUUAGUCUCACUCCCACUUUUGAUAAUUACUACGAACUGAGAACAAACGCGGCUCUGGACAGGGAGAGUACGGCAGAGUAUAACAUUACCAUCACAGCCACGGACUGGGGCAGGAAGCGGCUGAGCUCUCAGGAAAGCAUCUUCGUGCAGAUAUCGGAUGUGAACGACAACCCGCCAGAGUUCACCCAGGAGGUUUACACCAUGUCUGUCACGGAGAACAACAGCCCCAUGCUCCGGAUCGGCAGCAUGAAGGCCACGGACGCCGACGCAGGAAUAAAUGCCCGUGUGAACUACGCACUGGUGCAGCAGGAGGGCAAAGAGCAGCCCGAAGUGUCAGUCAAUGCUGAAAACGGGGAUGUUUAUAUCCUCCGCCCGCUGGACUAUGAGAAGGUGCGCGCCUUCGAGGUGACAGUGCGCGCAGCCGACGGCGGCUCCCCGCCGCUCAGCGCCCAGGCCGUGCUGCACAUCGUCGUGCGGGACGAGAACGAUAACGCGCCCGUGCUGCUGCACCCGCCCGCCGACAGCAGCGCGGCCGGAGAGCUGGUGCCGCGCUGGGCACCCUCCGGCUACCUGGUGGCCAAGGUGGUGGCGGUGGACGCGGACGCGGGGCAGAACGCGUGGCUGUCGUACGAGCUGGCCAAGGCCACGGAGCCGGGGCUGUUCCGCGUGGGGCUGCACAGCGGCGAGGUGCGCACGGCGCGGGCCGUGACAGAGAGGGACGCGGCUCGGCAGAGACUCAUCGUGCUGGUGCGGGACCGCGGGCAGCCGCCACGCUCUGCCACUGCCACUCUCGCCGUGGCACUGGUGGACGGCUUCUCCGAAGCCCAUUUACGGGUGAGCGAGGAGGCACCGGCCGCCGAGCCUGACGGGCCGCUCACUUUUUACCUCAUCGCCUCCCUCGUGUGCGUGUCGGCGCUGUUCCUCGCCACCGCGGUGGCCGCCGUGGUGGUGAAGGUGCGGCGGGCCAGGCGGAGCGAGAUGGAGAAUUUGCCCACGUUCCCGACGACUGCCACGGAGAGCAGCGUGGGCUCCCUGCCCCGCAGCUACGUGUACGACGUCUGCUUCGCCGCCGGGACCGUCAACAGCGAGUUCCGUUUCCUCAGGCCGCUCUUCCCCUGCUUCCGCCGGGCUGCCUCCCGGCCCGGGCGAGCAGCGGAGCUCGGUGUGCUCGCAGGAUGCAGCCAACCUCGGGGGCGAGGGCGACUGGACUGCACAGGGCAGUGCUCCCCUCUCUGAAGAUACAAGGCCCAGAGCUGCAGAUGCAGUUUGCCCUGCAAACAGGGAGCUGGAGCUAAAUGUCAGUUCUGAGCAAAACCCUUGGCUCACCCAUCAAUA